AUGGCCGUGAGAGGGAGAGGACGAGGAAUGGCGCACGAUGCCCCUCCGAAUCCGGGGCCGGAGGACGCUGUCCUUCGAGCAGUGUUGCAGCUUCAGGAGGACGGGGACCUCGCCAAGUUCCUGGAGGUGAAGUCAGACCUGAGCCAGGAAAUACAAAUUACUAAGUUCCGUAGCACGACUCCCUUUGCAGCCCUCUUGGAAGGCCUGACGAAAGCCAAGUGCCCUUCCGGCAUGGCUGCGAUCAGGAGGGCCGUGUCGGAGUUCGGGGCUCGCUGGACGGUUCCCACCUUCGGGCAGCUGCUGAAAGGCAUCAUCGAGCUCCGCGCCGUGGCCCAGGGUCGAGAGCUGGUCGACUUCGCCGUCGCCACCGGGGCGCCCUGGGGCCAGGACGGUCAUGUGGUCUUUCGUGGCGACUAUGCGUUCCAGGCCAUGGUGCCUCUCCUCAUGGAAGCCGAGCUUCUGGACGAGCCAGCUUCCAUGGAACUUCUUGAAAGGUCUCUGACAGAGUGUGAGCAGAAGAAUUUCAUGGGAGUCUUGUUGGAGGGCGGCGGGACCGUCUUCUCCGAACUGGUAUCUGAUCUUGUCUCCUAUGGCAUCUUGGGAACGCCGAAAGGGGAUGCCCUUAUCGAUCUCGCGAUGGAGCAUGGCGCCGACUGGGCCUGCCUGGAUGGGUGGAACGGCACGCCUUUCGAGGAGAUCACCCGUCUGGCUUUGCAGAGCAACCCGAGGCGGAAGACCACCAUCUCGCCGGAGGCUGCACUUGCCUACACCGGUAAAGUACUGCAGAAUCAUCCGCGGCCCGGUCUCCUCUGGAACGGUUCGAAGAAUCGGACGGAGGACGGCCACGAGGAGUCGCAGGGAGCCUUUCGAACCCUGCUCUGCGGUUUGGCCGAAGAGAAGCGCAUCGGGCAGCCGAUCUCUCACGAGUUUUUGAAGAUGGCAGAGGAGACGGGAGCUAGGUGGGAUGCUAUUCAUUGGAAUUACACGCCUCCGUGGGGGAUUUACCAGGUCGGCAGCCUCAGUGUCUUCCACUCCUUUGUCCAGGACCUCGCACGGGCGGGUGCCUUACGGCACCCCGACGGGGUCGACAUGGUGGCCCGUGCUUUGGAGAAUGGAGCCGACUAUCGGAUGGAUGAUCCGAAGCCUCCGGGGCCGAAGCGCAUCGCGGUGGAUCUUCCCGGAUUGGUCUGGGGCUGCCGGAGGGAGACGGUGCGCCUGCUUGCCUUGCUUGCCUCUGGAAGGGCCUUCCCCUGUGAGCCGGCGGACAGAGAGGGAGAUCUGGCAGAUCUGGUGGCUUCCUUAGUUGCACUGGCCCAGUUCGUGCAGGCGGCUCAGCAUGCCUCCGCGUUGCAGGUUCGGCAUCCCAUCGUGAAGUCGAUACUGGGCUUUCUUCCUCGUGUCCCGCCAGUGCUAGGGUACGAGUUCACGGACUUCCGCAAGGUGGCGCAUCAUCCGCAGCCUCUUCGUGGCGAGCGCUCCCUCUCCCGCGUCCUCUCCGACGACCUGGGACUGGUGGCGAGCGUUGGCGUGGAGGAGCAGACGGAUUCUACUGGUACCAUGUGCUUGGUGGUCUUCUACACCACGCCUUUGGGCUUCAACAAGUCCGAGGCCAUCCUGGAUGUCUUCUUUGCCUACCUCGGUGCCCUAAGGGCACAAGGUGUGGACAUGGACCUGUACAAGAGCCUCCAGGACAUGGUGAAGCUGCAGUGGAAUUGGAAGCAAGAAGCAGAUCCGUACGGGACAGUGUCGGACCUGGCCGAGGUGAUGACAAGGCUGCCCAGGGACAAGCUGUUGUCAGGCGACUCGCUCAUCGAGCAGCCGGAUGCAAGCCUGCUGCUGGGCCUCAUUGAGGACCUGACGCCGAGCAACAUGAACUUGGCCCGGGUAUCGCCCUCGGGCUUGGGUGAAGCACCCCUCAAGGAGGUGGGGAGCAAGAUCAGGACGCUGCAGUACUACGACGCAAAGUAUGUCAAGCAGACCCUGGAUGAGGAGAUUAUCCGAACUCAUAUUUACACUUUCAUCUUCAACCAGGACGCCGAUGUGAAGAAAACCAAGCUCGCUGCCGAGCUCGCCAACGGACGAUUGGCCAUGGUCGCUCUGAUGGCGAUGCUCUUCCAAAACGGUGCCCUGGAACCGUGGGCACCACCGGUCCGGCUAUGUGGCUUCCGGCCGCCUGAGACGUUGAGCGCGAGAGAGCUCCGCGUGUAA